GGUAAAUACCAUUUUCAUUUGGUUAUCCGCUUGAAUUUGAUUAUAAAUUAUAAUUAUAUUCGUUUUCCAAUUAUUAGAAACCACCACAUGUAAUUACGUCAGCACUAAAUAAAGCUACUCUAUACAUAUACACCUUCGACAAGGGCAAACUGGAAAAUAAGUUGAAUAUUGAAUAGUUCGAUCAAGGUUUGCAGCCCCAUCCCCAUCUAUAUUUUUGUCUUGGUUCCCUGUUGAUUGCUGUUGUUGAUCGUCGAGUUUGUUAAUUGAUGGUUGUUGACUCUUUAAUCAGUUGUCAUUGUCAAUUGUUGAUUGUAGUGUUGAAUUCUUUUGAAUUACCGAGCAGCAAUCUUUUGGACAUAUUUAACUUUGUGAGAAGUGUUUCAGAAUGAUAUUUUUGUUGAAUGCAGUAUGUUUUCUAUAUCUGUUAUCAUUUUUUGAAGGUCAAGCUCAACAGGCUACCCCUGGCCCAUUUGAUAAACUAGCAGAAUAUCACUACUACAAAUGCUGGAAUACUACCAGAAAUGAGAAAGUAUUUGCCGAAUUGAGCAAGGAUGGAACAGAAUUACAAAAUAGGUUAAAAUUCUCAUUUGAGUCAUUACCAGAAGGGAAACAGUACUUUUGCAAUGAUCAGAGAAAACUGCUUGAAGGAAUGGUCAAGAAAUUUUCAGAAGAUUUUGAAGCUUGUUUGCCAGAACCAGAGAAGUAUAUGGCUGGUUUCCUGAAAACAAGUGCUAAAGAGUUCUUACAUUUCUUCUGUCAUAAUAAUGGUGAAAAUGUGGAUAGAUUAUUCAGCGAUUCUCCCUCUUCAAAACAAUGUAGAGAUUCACUAAGUAGUGAUGCUGUUACCACCGAAUUAGCUGGGUGUUUUUCAAGAAUAUUCAAACCAAUGUCUGGUUAUGUCAAAAAACAGGAGCUUUGUGAAGACGCAACCAUUGCAAAGAGGUGUGUCGUCCAGUUAAUAAAUGAAAAGUGUCCUCGAUCUGAUAACUACCAGAAACUCUCCAAUGAUUUUUUUAGAUACAUCAAUAAACCAUGCUCGGCCUGCAUAUUUUCUUUCAGUACAUUACUUCUAGUGACAUCUGUAACUGUCUCCUAUAUGUUAUAAUUGAAAACGACGACAGUACCUAUUUCGCUAGUAUCUUCUAUUUCAUACUCAUUAGGAAUAAAAUCAUCAAAAGAGAGCAUUCUAUAGCGCUAUUUCAGGUUCAUGAGCUGCCCUAAUAGCGCUAAUUUAUGAUGAAUACAACUAGUGACAAUUCGAAUAAUAUUCCAUAAACAUUAUGUAUUAGCAAUAGUCUGAAUUAAUCCCAUCAGUAUAUUUUUUGUACUCAAAACUUAACUUUUACUUGAGAAUUUGAAAAAAUCUAAAUAAAUGAAUCUGCCUUACAGACGGAGUACACUAUUCUUUGAAUAUGAAUCAAUAUACCAUUCUAAUUUCACUAUCAAUGCCAAAUUUAAACUAGACGAAUUCCAAUUUUAUAUUCAAUAUUAUAAAUUUUUUAUUAUGAACAAGUAUGUGAUUUUAUUGAGUUUUUAAAAAUGCUUUGUGAUGUUUAAUGUAAUGAGAAUGUCUUUUAAAUCUAAACUAUGCUUUUUCAGGGAGGUAUAUAAAUAAAUAAGAUGUUAUUUAGGUAUUUAUUAUUCUUCAAGGGCGGGAUGUAUAGAUACGACUGAAAGCGCUGACUGGUGAAUUGAAUGUUAGAAAAAGAUUGAAUUCAAGCAUAUAGUUUUUCCACGAGUACCCAUUGCGGUAGAAUGACAGCUGAUUAUCUAGUAAUAUUUCAAAAUUCCCCAUAUUGGCAAAGGCACAUAAUUAUGACGGUUCCGUCCAUGCCAGGUAGUCAGAGCUAUAUUUUGAUUAGGUGUUUUGUAUGCUACAGAUUCAUGUUGUACUUGCUAAAAACUCUUCUAUUUAGAAAAGUUCAGUUGCAUACAAAAAACAAAACGCAACCAACAAACUUUACUAGAUUUACACCCGACUCAUUUUUGCCAACGUCACAGACUAACACAGAAAUGUCACUUGCUGAAAAGCUAUUCACCUCAGUAACGUCAAAGUGACAUGGAUACUCCUGAAAUGUUGCAAAACUAAAUCAUGUAAUAUUCCACGUAAAGCCCUAAAAGUCAAAGCUGUGAUUUAGGCUUCUGCCACUUAUUUGGCAAUAACAAAUUACGUGAAAAUAUUAAGCCAUUUAUUCAUAUCAAAGUUAAUGGUGAGGAAACUGUUUUCCGCAAAAGUAAAAAAAUUGUUCAUCUACUUUGACUCGGACUUACGUUUUAACUUCCAUCUGAAUAACGUCUUGAUAAAUUAUCAGUAUAGUUUAGUAACAAAAGCGAAAGUAUUGUCUUUUUAACGAGUAUCCCCAUAUCAACAAAUGACAUAAUUUUGGCGGUUCUGUCAACGCCAGGUAGACAGAGGCUUAUUUUGUUUUUUCUUGUACGCUACAAAUUCAUUGUAAUUGCUAACAAGUGUUUUAUUUAGAAAAGUUCAUUUGCAUACAAAAUAAAAACGCUACAAGCAAGUUUUACUAGAUUUACAUUUGAUUCAUCAUUUCCAACGUUACAGGCUAAUACAAAGAUAUCACAUCCAGAUCAGCUGCUCACCUCAGUAGACCUCAAAACAUGAUGGAUACUCGUGAAAUAAGAUUUAUGUUUGAAAUUCAAAUUUUCUCUAACCUUAAAUCGCUUAUUUGUCUAAUCAGCGUUUACAGUCGAUAUAUACAACACCCCUUAAGAUGCUGGUCUAUUUUUGAAAACACGGUUUGAAGUGAUGGUCGCCUUGCGUUUUUCUGCCAAUGGUGGUAACCACUGUUAGCCUCAAUGCUGUCCAUAAUGCACGUAACUGUCAGAAGUCAGUCGCAACUGGGAAAGUAGUAAAUUUUAAUGACAUUUUUGCAUAGUGAAGACAAGAAUGAUAUGACCAUCCUUAAGAUUAUGUAAUGUAAGUAUAAUAAUAGAGGAUAUAGUAACAUAACCACUGUAAAACUGCUCAUCGGCUGUUUGCGCUGGUUAUGUUUUUCAAAAGAUAAAUCAACCAUGCGUUAAUCAAUUUUUAAAUAAUCUUACCUGAAUAAAUGUCAUGAAUUUAAGUGGAUAAAAAUUAUCCGUUAACCCUUUAUUUGGCAAGGCUAUGAAAAAGAUACAAAUAAAUGUUUUUUUAUUAUAAACUAACACAAAAUGUUUAUUCUAACACUUUUGAACUGAAAAAUAUUUGUUUUUUACUUUUUUUUUUUACAAAAAAACAAUGUUGCUUGAAAGCAUAUCUACUUUUCUUUUCUCGGCGGCGUUCCAUCUCUCCACAGAGCCUAGGGGUUGUACUCCGACAAAGGAACUUGUCAAAGUAAGAACUUUGUUAUCUACCCAUUUUACUGCUAUAAGUUUGUCCUUCUCAUCAUACCAAAAGUCAUAUAUUCCUCUUCCCUCCUUUUGUAACUUGCGAUCAUCUUUGAAGGGACAAUUUUUUAGCCUAUUUUUUCGCAAGGUACUAAGUGAAUUUAUUUGCAUUUUCUCUUUUAGAUACGCAAUUUGCUCGAAUGUACAAAAAAAGUUAUCGAAAGACACUUUGGGUUGCAAAGCGGGGGGGUAUUGUCUUGCAGAGUAAAAUCACCACUUGUCCACCAAUACCAAAUUUUUGUUCCUUUUCAUUUAGAUUGGUAAUCAUUCUUUUUAUACUUAAUACUUAUAACCCCACUUAUGAGGCUUGUUUUGUAUGUAUUGUCGUAAAUUUCCGGCUCUUGUACCCUUAUAUGGGAUCAUUAUUUCAACUAUAGAAUGAUGAGAUUCCUGUUUUAAAUUUGUGCAUUGGAAUCGCACAAUGUUCAGUAAGGGACGAAUUUUGUAGAGCCUAUCAGUAGCAGUUGACGUUUCUUGAUUUUCGUGUUUGUCUGCAAAAUGUUAAAAUCGUCUCAGUUUUUGAAAUCUUUUUAGGCUCAUUACAUCAGCAAUUUUAUCAUAUCUAUAUUGUUGACUCCAGUAAUCAGUAUAUGAUUGAAACUCUAUUAUGCCCAUAAAGACUAGUAUUCCUAUCAAUUGUUGAAUUUCUUUAUCAUUUGUAUUUAUGGAGUUACCAGUUACCUGUACAGAAUAUAGAUUAGUUUGUGAACUUAUCAGGGUAUUCAUUUCUGGCGUAAAAAAUUUAUAAAAGUACGUAAGUGUAUUCUCAGUUUCAGUAUCAUCACUUUCAAGGACAUUGUCGGCAUUGUUAUUGUCCGUUACAACAAUAUCUUGUUUUUUCCAAUGCGAUGGAUGCAUCUGAAACCCGUUUGCUCUGGACAAAACCUGUGAACGAAGUUGGGCCUAAUGGAAUCAAAUCUUCAUCAUCAAAUUCAUCACUAUCCUCUUCUAAAAUUUCAGAAGGGAGUAAGUGAUUCCUUCCAACAUCACCCGUAUUUUCUGACAAAUUGGUUUCAGCGGCAGGAGAGCAUCGGAUAGAGUGGGAUCCUCGGGAGACAGUAUAACUACCUGAUUUUUACGUUUCCCGUAAAAAGUUGUACAUCCAUUAUUUUCUAUAAUUAUUUUCUGUCCUGGCAAUGAUGAUUGUAAGCAACACUAAAUAUGCGAAAUGAUUUCACCCUGUAAAAUCGUAAAAACUAACUAAGAAUAGUUAUACACAAAUUCUAACGUAUAUUUACCUUCAAAAUAUAUGAAAAACAGCAGCGAAUACAUUUUUUUAUAUACAAUUCACUAAUAUAGAACGAGAUAGUACACACAUAACCUACAAUACUUCACAACACUGUCAUAACAACCGCGUGUAGCAUGGUAACUGAUCUGAGUUUCUCGGCAAACAUCGCUGCUUUGAUGCGAACGAACGUUGCCUGUAAGCAUCAUUGGCCGUUUAGUCGCAUAUCUGUACAACGGAGACCAUCUAAUAUAAAAUGAUGUUGCCCAUAAGCAACAUUGUCAAAUAAAGGGUUAAUAACCCGCGGGCGAGCAUUGAAGGUUCUCGAACCAAGGCCAUUUUAAUUUUUAUAUUCCCUGUGAGAGACUGCUUGUUUGUUGAUUAUUAUAUUUUAUAUAAAUGUAUAUUAUUAUGUAUAUAGAGAAAAUAAAUGUAAAUUAAUGAUCAUUGUAUUAAUGUUGAAACAAUAAGUUCCGACUUGGUGAGGUUUUUAUCAAAUAAAGCAGCC